AUGGCGGCGGCGGAGGGGGCGCGCAGCGGCUGGAGCAGAACGGAACGACCCCAAACGGGUCCGCUUUAAGAGAAACAGUGCUAGGGGCAGGAAUAUUGUACAUUCCCGUUUAAAAGAGCCGCUUAUCCGGUGCCGUUUGCUAGAAUUGAACGUUUAGAUUGUGUGUUGUUAGCUCUUAGGUGGUGGGUGGGUUCUCUCGCUCUCUCUCUCUCUCUCAUACACACACACACACACACACACAUACACAUACACAGAUUGCUAAGCUAAGCUAACGGAGCUCGGUCCGGUCCGGUAGAGGAGGAGGAAGAAGAGGGGGAGAAGGGGUGACCAAGAAGGGGAAGACUAUCAUCCCAAACAGAACAGGCCGUCGUCCCGCGGGUCGUUCGUUGGGGGAUGUGAGCGGUCCAAACGGACGGCGGGUCUUUCCACGGAUCUGUGUUAUUUUCCCACCCAGAACACUCGCAGGAUGGGACAACAGGUAGGCCGCGUGGGAGAAGGGGCUUCCGCGGGGAUCCAGACCCCACCGCAAGGACAACAGCAGCAGAGCAGAUCGAACCGGGCCAGCAGCUCCGGGAGGAGACCCCGAGACGGCGGCGGCGGCAGCAACAUCACCGGAACGCCACCGGGCAGAACUGCCGCCGCUGCAGCGAACAUCAUGCCGGAUCCAGGAAUCAAUGUUUUCACUCUCCAUUCAGAAGCCUUGCACAGGCCGUUUGGACUGGACUCGACGUCACUGACGGAGGCAGUGCGCUGGAGCUCGAAGGAGAAUCUGCUGGGCGCUGCGGAGAGCGACCCCAACCUCUUUGUUGCGCUUUAUGACUUUGUUGCCAGUGGUGACAACACGCUGAGCAUCACAAAAGGAGAGAAGCUGCGGGUGUUGGGGUACAACCAGAAUGGCGAGUGGAGUGAAGUCCGUUCGAAGAAUGGCCAGGGUUGGGUACCCAGUAAUUACAUCACUCCCGUGAACAGUCUGGAAAAGCACAGCUGGUAUCAUGGACCCGUGUCCCGCAGCGCCGCUGAGUACCUGCUUAGCAGCCUGAUCAACGGCAGCUUCCUAGUGAGGGAGAGUGAGAGCAGCCCUGGCCAGCUCUCAAUCUCGCUUCGCUAUGAGGGACGGGUCUAUCACUACCGGAUCAACACCGCCUCUGACGGAAAGGUCUACGUAACAGCUGAAAGCCGUUUCAGCACAUUAGCUGAGCUGGUUCAUCAUCAUUCCACAGUGGCGGAUGGUCUGGUAACCACAUUACACUAUCCCGCUCCAAAAUGCAACAAGCCAACCGUCUAUGGCGUCUCCCCCAUCCACGACAAGUGGGAGAUGGAGCGCACCGACAUCACCAUGAAGCACAAAUUGGGCGGAGGCCAGUAUGGAGAGGUGUACGUCGGAGUUUGGAAGAAGUACAACCUCACCGUAGCUGUAAAAACACUAAAGGAGGACACCAUGGAAGUUGAGGAGUUUCUGAAGGAAGCUGCAGUCAUGAAGGAGGUGAAACAUCCCAAUUUGGUACAAUUACUGGGUGUGUGUACAUUGGAGCCUCCAUUCUACAUAGUGACCGAGUACAUGCCGCACGGGAACUUGCUGGACUACCUGCGUGAGUGUGACAGGGAGCAAGUGAACGCUGUGGUUUUGCUGUACAUGGCCACUCAGAUCUCCUCUGCCAUGGAGUACCUGGAGAAGAAGAACUUCAUCCAUAGGGACUUGGCAGCUCGUAAUUGCCUGGUUGGAGAGAAUCACGUGGUCAAGGUGGCUGAUUUCGGACUGAGCCGGCUCAUGACAGGUGACACCUACACCGCUCAUGCAGGCGCCAAAUUCCCCAUCAAAUGGACAGCACCAGAGAGUCUGGCUUAUAACACUUUCUCCAUCAAGUCAGAUGUGUGGGCAUUUGGAGUUUUGCUUUGGGAGAUUGCAACGUACGGGAUGUCUCCAUACCCAGGAAUCGACCUGUCUCAGGUGUACGAUCUGCUGGAGAAGGGCUACCGUAUGGAGCAGCCCGAGGGCUGUCCUCCUAAAGUCUACGAGCUUAUGAGAGCCUGUUGGCAGUGGAGUCCACUGGAUAGACCCUCAUUUGCUGAGAUUCACCAGGCCUUUGAGACCAUGUUCCAUGACUCAAGCAUCUCAGAAGAGGUAGCCGAAGAGCUGUGUAAAACUGCAUCUGGUGGGCAAGGUGGACUCACGCACACCUUUGGCCACGAUAUGCCCCUCCUGCCCUCAAAGUCUCGUGGGCAGAAGAAACACUCCGAGAACAAAGAGAAUAUGGAGGAGGCAGGACCCCACGGCCCUGCAGGUCUUGCAGCAUCUCUUUUUGUGGGUGAUGGACGCUCCAGCAGUUCUCCGGCCCUACCACGUAAACAGAGGGACAAGUCUCCCUCUAGCUUGCUGGAGGACUCCCAGGACACUACCUUCACCCGUGACCGCAAGGCUGGCUUCUUCAGUUCUUUCAUGAAGAAGAAGUCCAUGUCCUCCUCUUCUUCUUCAUCCUCACCUCAGCAGCAACAGAAUCUCCCAAUGCCUCCCAAGAGGAGCAGCUCAUUCCGGGAGAUGGAGACCCAGCCCCAUAAAAAGUAUGAACCCACGGCUGGGUUUGCAGGCCCUCCUCCUCCUUUGCCCCAAACUGAUGGGUUGAGUUUCUCUCCAUCGCACGGAGAGGGGAACCACGUGCAGUCCCGCUGUUGCGGGGCCACGUUUGGACAGAAGCCUUCGAGUUCAAACUCUGGAGGAACUUCUGGUCAAGUGGGAAGCAGCAGUAGUUGGGGAAGCCUUGCAGGCUUCUUCACUCCUCGCCUUAUCAAAAAGACCCUGGGAUUGCGGACUGGUAAGCCUUCUGGAAUAGACGAAGGAAGUGGAACCAAGCCAUUCCCUAGAUCCAAUUCGACGUCGUCUAUGUCCGCCGGGUUGCCGGACUUAGAGCGCAUGGCGUUGACGUUACCAAGAAACCGUAGCAAACCUCCAUUAGAGCGUACAGCUUCCACCACCUCGCAGCCAGAGAAUGGUGCAGCACGACCUUCGGAUUCAAUCCUGAGAAAGCUUGACGAAGGCACAGCUCAGAUACGAGAUCGUCCCAAAGCCAAACUCUUGCCACGAGGGGUCGCAGGUGGAGUUAGAGCACCGGGCGUAGGGGGAGAGGCCGAUUCAGACUCCAACACAAGGGGAAAAGAUGGCCAAGAUGACAGGCAAGGCUGGUCAUCGCCAUCGAAAACCUCCACCCUUGGUUCGGUCAAUCUGCACAACCACAAAGUUCCAGUGCUGAUCUCCCCGACCCUAAAGCACAGCUCAGCUGAUGCACACCUAGUCGGUGUGGACUCUCAGGGCAACCGCUUUAAACUGCUGUCUGACAUUGGCGAUCGUGACCGACCGCGACUGGUGAAGCCCAAAUGUGCACCUCCUCCACCGCCCAUGCUCCGCUCCCUCCAACACGCCUACAGUGCCGACGCAGCUGACGAAGCGCUCAGCGGAAGCAUAGAGGUCAAUGGCGAUGGCGUCAAAAGAAGAGGAGCACGUCCAUCAAUACCACCACCACAAGUGCCUCCAGCCCCCGUAGUCCCCUCUAGUAACAACACCACCCAAACCAAGAUGGCCAACGGUGCUUCCAGUGGCGGGCCUGCCCCUACUUCCGCCAAACCUACUCUUAGACGGACUCGGCAACAGACGGAACGGAUCCCACUGGAGAAGAUCAGCAAGGAGGCUCUUUUGGAAUGUGCUGAAUGCUUGAGUAGUGCUCUUCAAGGCAACACUGAGCUUUCCUCCAGCAGCCAAGUCCUGGAUGUGGGACACCAACUUUUGGACUACUGCUCGGGGUAUGUCGAUUGCAUCCCCCAGACACGUAAUAAAUUUGCCUUUCGUGAGGCAGUGGGGAAACUGGAGUUGAGUCUACAGGAGCUGCGCGCUUCCUCUACAGGUGGGGGAGCGGGACCUGGGACCAGCCCGGCUCUUGACAACUUGCACACGUGCAUUAAAGAGAUCAGCGAUGUUGUGCAAAGGUAGCCACUGUGUCCAAAACUCCUCCUCCUCUUCCUGUACCCCUAGAGACUUUUUUUUUGUCCCAGAAUCAAUCUAGUUUUAUUUAAAAGUUGGGGGACAGAGAAUAUUCUCUAAGAAGUACCUCAGAAAAUGACUUCAAACACUCUCUAACUUUUUAUUGUUUACAGGUGACUUUCUCCUUGAAAUUGCCAGUUGGGAACAGAGUUCUUUGUAUAUAAGCUUUUUGUCACUACCAAAAUACAGUUUUGUUUCUGACAAAUUAAUUAAUACAGUUUUCUCUUGGUAUGACCGAAUCAGUUUUCACAAAUAUACAGGAGUUGCACAGGUUAAGGUGAGCCGACUACACGUGAACUGGUCCACUUAUGCAUUUUGUUUUUAGAUUUCCAUUCGCUUUUUUGGUAUUUAAAGGAGUAGUUCACUUCCAGAACAAAAAUGUACGGAUAAUUUACUCACCCCCUUGUCAUCCAAGAUGUUUGUGUCUUUCUUGAUUCAGUCGUAAAGAAAUUAUGUUUCUUGAGGAAAACAUUUCAGGAAUUAUCUCCAUAUAGUGGACUUCAAUGGUGCCCCCAAGUCUAAACGUCCAAAAUGCAGCUUCAAAUGGCUCAAAAUGAUCCCAGCCAAGGAAGAAGGGUCUUAUCUAACGAAACGAUUGGUUAUUUUUUUAACCUCAAACCUCAAACGCUCAUCUAUUCUCUGCAAUGUGCAUGUGUAAUCCGGGUAAAUACAGUUAGGGUAUGUCGAAAAACUCCCAUCUCGUUUUUUUUCUCCAACUUCAAAAUCGUCCUGCAUUGCUGUUUUACCUUUUUUGUAAGGACGUUUGAUCUUCUUUGCAUGUUCACUUUGUAAACACUGGAUCAGUACUUCUGCAGUGAUGUAGGAUGAUUUUAAAGUUUGAAAACAUGAUGGGAGUUUUUCGACAUACCUUAACUGUACUGACCUGGAUUACGCAUCACAUAGAAUAGACAAGAUGAGCAUUAAAACGCAUAUAAACUGUCAAUCGUUUUUCCAAAUAAGACACUUUUUCCUCGGCUGGGAUUGUUUAGAGCCAUUUGAACCUGCAUUUAAACUGCAUUUUGGACAUUCAAACUUAGGAGCACCAUUGAAGUCCACUAUAUGGAGAUAUAUCCUGAAAUAUUUUCCUUAAAAAAACAUAAUUUCUUAUUGACUGAAGAAAGACUUGAAUAUCUUGGAUGACCAGGGGGUUAGUAAAUUAUCUGUAAAUUUUUGUUCUGGAAGUGCACUUCUCAUUUAAUUAGCAUCCGUGUAACUGGAUAUUGCAUCAGCACGUCAAUGCAAACAACAAUUCCCAACAUUUAAUACGUGAAAAGGUUUCGGCUGCAGUAGUAAUGAAUGUGGAGUGCAAACACAGCUCUAUGCACAUUUGUCCUCAUCCCAUACUGUCAUUUUUUGAUUUGACCACACUACAGCAUUUGAUGACCAUUCAUAAUUUGGUCGAUCUUUCGCAAAUCAGUCUUUUAUAUUUGACAUGGUCCAUGCAUUUUUGUUGCUAGUAGUGGUUUGCUGUGGCGUAGUUGAAAUGGUGUUGGGUCUGUCACCACAUGGAUCAUAUUUGGCCUUUUAUAUCCGUGGCCUUUCGAUAUGCCCCCCAUCAGCCAAAUGGCACAAAUCUACAUUCUGACUCUAGAGUUCUCAACACUCAAGAAUUCUAAACAUGUUUCUAGAUUUUAUUGAUUUGCUAUGGGGUUAUUCAAUGUGUGGAAAGUGAAUUUAUUUUAUGACCGUCAUGGUGCCAACGCAGAAGCAGCAACACUACAAGUAUUGCCAAGUCUUUUCAUACAAACUGCUUUUUCUUUAGCACAUUGAUUUGUAACUUUAUUUUGAUUUCACUUUAGAAUGUCGCCAUUUGUAAACUUGAAUUUUAAAUUAUUUUGGAUUAAAAGCACAGGCGUUUUUAUGAUAUUGUAGAUAUUAUUUUAUACCCACAAACAGGCGUGGAAGGUCAUGCUCACUCGUGUUCUCGUGGUGAGAUUUUGGUGUGAGGGUCUCCAUCUGUGCAUCUGCAUUAUGAAUGUAUUCAUUUGUUAAAACAGGAAUGUUUUUUUUGUGUGUGCGUGUGCGUGUAUGUUUUCCAUAGCCUCUUCACACCGUUUAAAAAGAAACAUUAUUAAAUGAAAGAUUUUCUUCAGGACACAAACAGUUAAAAAUGUUCUCUGAGUCUGUAUUCAUAAAAUGAUAGAUUUCUAUUAGAAUUUGCAUAAAUGAGAUUUUUGUGGGUACCCUGCAAUGUCAUAAUUAUAAUGAUUUGUACCGAUUACACUGGAGCACAUUUUGUAAAGCAUAAAUGUUAAUUGCCUUGCCUUAAUUCACUAUCUAGGGUAUGUAAUAUGGAAAUUUUGGAAGGAGAAUUUUUUUUUUUUUUGCCAUACACCUCCAUGACAUUUCAGAUCCACCGCAAUAGAAAAACAUACAUUUUGUUUGUUCAAAACCAUUUUUAUAUUCUAAAUCAUACAGUAACUUAGCUUGUUUUGCCUUUUUUUGUCAUGGGCAAUGUUUUCUGAUAUUACAUGGUGCCUUUUGUGAGAGAUUUAAUGUUUUGUGCACUGCAAGGUCAUGUUAAAGAUCUGUUUAUGUAAAUAUGUUUUGCUCUAAAUAUUCAUUAUCAAUUUUAUGGUGGCAAAUGGGAUUUUUCAAGCCUUUAUUAUCAUUCAAGCUGCCCUGUUCAGACAUCUGGGUAUAUGUGAGGUGUCCAACUUGAAUAGGAAAAAGUGCAAUGAUCUGUCCUUUACUAAGAAAAAGACAGUGCUUGAAGUCUGAUCUCCUUUUACUGAAAGAGCUCAUGAGUUAGUUUUGCUUUGUCAGGAAUACCUCUCUUGUAAUCACGUUAAACAGAGAAAAAAUAUUUUUCAUGUGUGAUUUUUAGCAGUUUGUUCUUUUGAACACAUGCAGGUCAUCUAUUCCAUUUGUUAUUAUGUCUGAAAAUGUUUCAUUACCAAACAAGUGAGGGGGGAAAGAGUUAGUGAUUGUUUUGUAUGUCAGUUUUACAUGAUUGUCAGGGAGCGUUUUGCCUUUUAAACCUUUAGUAAACAGCAGUGUUUUUUUUUCCACUGCAUUUUUAUUUCUUUUGUUGUAAUCAGUACAUUUCAUUUUAGUAAAUCUCCUCUGCAAGUUUGUGCAUUUAAUAAUAUUUUAUUGUAUCAUGUAUAGAGAGGAACAAUUUAGAGAGAACCAUCUUGUUCUAGAGUUUAUGCUUUAUGAGCCACACAAGGCCUCUGAGGUGCAAAGUCGUACUGUCUGUCUCAUUAGAAUUCAGUCCUAUUCAGUUUCAGUUACCCAAGUUUUUUUUUUUUUUUUUUUUUUUUUACGUUUUUGUUUGUCACUUUUAUUUAUUUUUGGUUUAUUUAUUAAUUUACUUUUUUAUGUUGGAUCCUGGAAUCACUUUUUUUUUUUUUUUUUUUUUUUUUUUGACUGUCUUUUUGUAAGGUCAGAUUUUAAGUGCUGAAGAAAUUUAUAUACCAAAGGCCACCUCUCUAGUCCUUCAAGUGCAAUGAAAAUAAAACACUCUUAAUUUUGAAUAUGUGAAUUUAACAGGGAUUAAAAAGGCAGAGGUUGACAGAUUAACAGUAUUUUUUUCUGUUUUGUAAAAAGUAUAUUUUGUGUGAUUCUAAUUUAAAGCUCACUUUUAAUAUUAUAUUACUGUGAAGUCCUUCCUCAGUGUUACACUUGAUGUAAAUAAUGAAUAAAGAAACUGUUGAAACA